AUGAAACAAACAAUUAAGGAAAAACGUAAACAACCUAUUCGUACUUGUCUACAUCAACCUUUUGAGUAUAAUUUUAGAACUUUAGAUUAAUAUACUUCUUAAGAUUUAGUCAAAACAAUUUAAUCAAUUAUUAAUGAUUAAGAAUUAUUGUCAUUUUUAUAGAUUAAAGUUGGAAUAAGAAGUGCUAUAAGAAAAUUAAGAGCAAAUUAAUCUAACUUUUUGGCUUUAAUAUUAAUAUAUGAUUAAUCGUAAAAUAUUAUAUAAUUUCAAGAAUUACAGAUAUUUUAAUUUAAGCAUCAACCGUAUUUUGGAAAUACAAUUAAUAAAUAAUAUUAGCUAAAGAUGAUAUAAGGUACAAAACAUUUAUUUAUUAUAAUAAGGUAACAUUUAUAAAAAAUUAUGAAAAUUAAUAAAAUAAACUGCAUUUAUAUCUAUUCAAAAAAGGAUGUGGAAAUACCAGAAAUCAUUAAACCUAAGUUAUAGAAAUUAACUGAAUAAAUGAAUAUUUAUAAAAAAGAGAGUGUUUGUGAAAUACCAAUAAUAUUAGGAGAUGGUAUGUAUAAAGUAUUAUAAUUUUAGAAUUAAAGUAUUAAACUGUGAAAUUAAAAGUUCCAUAAGAGUAAGAAAAUGAAAGAUUAAGAUUUUAGAAUGAGAAGGGAAAUUAAAAGAAAUAAGAAUAAAAUUUAAAUAAAAAUAAUUAAUAAAAGAUUUAAAUAGAGAAAGGAAAUAAUCAAUAAAAGAUUUAAGUAGAGAAAGCAAAUAAUUAAUAAAAGAUUUAAUAGAAAUAAGCCAAUAAACUAAAUAAUGCUAUUAAUAUCGAGCAAUAAGAGAAAUGAAG